AUGUUCCAUAACCCAGACAAUCAUCUUUUGUUUCAUCAGGUUUCCCCCCACGUCUGGCUCUAUAUCGUAGUUUCAUCAGGUUUCCCCCACGUCUGGCUCUAUAUCGUAGUUUCAUCAGGUUUCCCCCACGUCUGGCUCUAUAUCGUAGUUUCAUCAGGUUUCCCCCACGUCUGGCUCUAUAUCGUAGUUUCAUCAGGUUUCCCCCACGUCUGGCUCUAUAUCGUAGUUUCAUCAGGUUUCCCCCACGUCUGGCUCUAUAUCGUAGUUUCAUCAGGUUUCCCCCACGUCUGGCUCUAUAUCGUAGUUUCAUCAGGUUUCCCCCACGUCUGGCUCUAUAUCGUAGUUUCAUCAGGUUUCCCCCACGUCUGGCUCUAUAUCGUAGUUUCAUCAGGUUUCCCCCACGUCUGGCUCUAUAUCGUAGUUUCAUCAGGUUUCCCCCACGUCUGGCUCUAUAUCGUAGUUUCAUCAGGUUUCCCCCACGUCUGGCUCUAUAUCGUAGUUUCAUCAGGUUUCCCCCACGUCUGGCUCUAUAUCGUAGUUUCAUCAGGUUUCCCCCACGUCUGGCUCUAUAUCGUAGUUUCAUCAGGUUUCCCCCACGUCUGGCUCUAUAUCGUAGUUUCAUCAGGCUGCCCCCACGUCUGGCUCUAUAUCGUAGUUUCAUCAGGUUUCCCCCACGUCUGGCUCUAUAUCGUAGUUUCAUCAGGUUUCCCCCACGUCUGGCUCUAUAUCGUAGUUUCAUCAGGUUUCCCCCACGUCUGGCUCUAUAUCGUAGUUUCAUCAGGUUUCCCCCACGUCUGGCUCUAUAUCGUAGUUUCAUCAGGUUUCCCCCACGUCUGGCUCUAUAUCGUAGUUUCAUCAGGUUUCCCCCACGUCUGGCUCUAUAUCGUAGUUUCAUCAGGCUGCCCCCACUUCGGCCUCUAUAUCAUAGUUUCAUCAGGUUUCCCCCACGUCUGGCUCUAUAUCGUAGUUUCAUCAGGUUUCCCCCACGUCUGGCUCUAUAUCGUAGUUUCAUCAGGCUGCCCCCACGUCUGGCUCUAUAUCGUAGUUUCAUCAGGUUUCCCCCACGUCUGGCUCUAUAUCGUAGUUUCAUCAGGUUUCCCCCACGUCUGGCUCUAUAUCGUAGUUUCAUCAGGUUUCCCCCACGUCUGGCUCUAUAUCGUAGUUUCAUCAGGCUGCCCCCACUUCGGCCUCUAUAUCACCGUCUUUUCCACUUCAGAGGGUCAUGAAUUAGGGCCUGAUCCUGAGUGAGUAAUUUUCCUGUGCUGCCGAGUCAUUGAAGUAGAAUUCGUCAUCCAAAUCGGGGUUAGUGAUUGCUGUUCUGAUUUCCAGAAGCUAUUUUCGGUCAUGGGUAACAAUGGCGGAAAUAUUAUGUACAAAGAAAGUUAAGUUCGGUGCAAAAGAAAACACUAAAUAGCAUAAUUGGUCAGGACCCGUGAAAUGGCUGCUAUACAUGCCAGCGCCAUUCCCAGAUGGGUGUACAGAUGGGUGUAUGCUGCAUUCACGUGCUAGUCAGAACUCUUGACAUUUCUGACUUGCCAACUAGUUGUAGUUAUACACGUGCCUCAUUCAACCAGUUAGCGAGUUGGACAUUCCUGAGUUUUCUAGUUCCGACUAGGACGUAAGUGCGGCAUUACCCUGCUUAAAAAAAAAAAAAUCUCCUUUUUCAUGACUACUGGACUAUUUUAUUUGAGCUGAUUGUGCCAGACACUUUCCUCUGCCCUCACUGAGUGUUGUAUCAGAUGGCAGAGAUGUCCAGAGCAGAUCAGGAAGUAACUCCUUACAAUGGAACUAACUUUUACUAUGCUGAGUGCUGACCCCAGGCAGUUGACCCAUAAGGCCCUUGUUGUUUCCCCAGUUCAGGUUGUUGCUUCUGAUGGAUUGUCUUGUUCCUGUGUGUCGCCCUGAGCAGGCCAUGUGAGGCCAGGAGAGAGGGAGCACCUGCUGGGGGCCUGGGAUUUCUUUAGGCCCUCCCCCAAAUCAUGACAGGUAGACAGAUGAGACUGCUCACCUGUGUAAACAAAGGGUUUCUCAACAACUUUGGGUGCCAAGUAACCUUAACCUCAGUGUUGUAAAGAGCUUAGCCCCAACAAAAUGUAGCUUCUAAGAAUCCUCAAGAACAGAACAGCAGUUUAAGAAAUGACAACGCUCCUGACCUCCAAUGAACAAAACAGUAGAAAUCUGGGAUUAUACAUGCUCAUGUGAAGUCUUAUACUGCAUCACAAUGCAUCAUACCUGGAGGCUUUUGUGACCGAAAACAAUAUUUCUCUCUAUCUCCCUCUAUGCAAGGCGACCCAGGUGAGAACAGCUUGUGCUCACCACCAUGUUGUCUUUCCGGUUGCAGCCUUUCAGGGGAGCUAAAUAGGACAGUAGGCUGCAUCCUGUUUGUGAGCUGUUUGGUGCAUACAUACAUUGUAAACGCAUCGCAAACGUGCACAUCAGGAAGCGGUUGUUCAUAUGCACACGCGGGAACAGACACACACAAAACCACAAACGGCAGAGUUGAGUGUGUGCUUGGCUCAGUGGUGCAAGACUCUUUGAAACAUGGUGACAAGAAGAUGCGUUCCAUAAUGGGAUGUGGACAUGACUUUCCAUUAUACUGACAUGAUGGAAAUGAAUAACUACAGUAGAGCAAUGAACACCUACAGUGCCUGUCAGACCAGUUUCCCUGACCCACAUUUCUCAGCCAUCAACACUUUCAAUUAAAUAUCACCUUUGAAAAUGCUUCUUAUCUCCUCUGCAAAAACCUCAAAAUAAGUGACAGAUUUCUUGAGUGUUCGAAUACUCAUACUAACCGCACUAACUGUACUAUUUGUGACGUGAAUUGAGUAUAUAGUAUGCUUAUUGGUCAUAGUAUGGACAUAGUUAGUAUGUCAAAAGUUCCCGGAUGUCGUACUAAAUUCAACAAAAUACGAAGUAUACAUGUAUUGGACACUAUUUCUGUACUUUUAGGGCCCAUAAUGCAAUUCUUCAGAAAAUGGGCGUGGCUUCACAACGUUUUCAGAUUUGAAGAAAAUGGAGGAAAAUAUGCAUCCGAAGUCCGACGAGAGGGUAUACAAAUUCAUUGAACUAACUACUGACAAAUGUUAAGAAAAUGUUGAGCAAUGUAAUAAAGUAAUGACUUUUCAAAUCAGUUAUGUUACACAUGUUGGCUGACAAUUAGUAUUACAGCAGUAUGUACUGGUAUGUUAGCUAGUUACCUAAUGUUAGUUGGAUACUAAUACAUCAAACUUGAUAGGCAGUAUAUUAUCUAACUAACUAACCAACAUUAAUUGACUUGAUUAU